CUAUAACGUGCAAAGAUUUAAAGGCGUGGCUUCCGGUAAGCAGUCAUUCCGUGAACAUUGUGAAACAAAAUGCUUUUAGAGGCCAUUUCACGAAAUAUAAGUGCCUCGAAAAUUUCGUGUACGGUAUAUAUAGUAUCAAGUAAACUUUUUCGACAAUAACUUCUACAAUCUAGCCUUCCUAAAAUUAUUUUGCUGAUAACAGGAAGUAAAAAUCAACCACAACUAAUUAAAAGGGUGUGGCCUCCACCCAAAAUUUUUUUGGGAGCUAAGUUGCCCCCCCCCUUUCUAUAAAUCCUAGCUAGACAGCUAGCUUUGAAUUUAUAUCUAGAGUUAGAGAUUGAUCAUGAUAUACGUAUGUGUAUAUAGCUAGAUUUAUGCACCUCCAUGCACCGCGCCGAGGCAUCAUGCAUACAGCACCCACGGUGCUUUCAUUAAUUAAAUACCCACAGUUGUAAAUGUUGUAGUGCUUGAUAACCAGACUCUACGUCUUACUAUAUAGUAUAUGUAGAUGGAUGCAUGUUAAGUUUUGGUAAGUGAUAUUGCUCAAAAAACUCUCCUUUCUCUCACAAACUAACUUCAAGAUUAGCUGGAUGGAAAGAGUUAAGAAAGGAAUGGUAUAGCUAUAUAUAUAAUGCAUCUAUAAUUUAAUACGCAUGUGUUUUUAGUAUGUCACAUGUAAUAGCUAAGGAAUACAUUGUGUGUGCACUGUUUUCUUGGGUUUCAGCAUUUUACUAUGUGCCCCAAAUAUCCAAGAGAGCUGCAAAAGCAUGCACAGUAUCCCUUUCCACAGUAUUAUCCCUUUCCAGAGUAUCCCUUUCCAGAUCAUUCGCAACCGUGGGGAAAAGGGUCAUCACUUUAGUUUGAAUUUGUGGUCAGCCGGCCCAACGUAUGGCCCAACCCACCAACUUAGCUUGAUUUGAUCGCCGCCCCCCAACGAACACUUGGUUUAGAAGAUGUGGCGUGGAUCAAUGGUUGUGCACACACACACACACACUAACCAGUUGAUUAUGCCCUGCUGCUGCCUUGAUUGAAGUAUGUGUCGCCUUUAAAAGCUGUAGCUGGCCUAAACCUUCAAUUUGACAGGUAAAGGGACACAGUAUAGGACACACAAAAGAUGAGUUGUGUCUGGAGAAAGUAUAACUUAGCAUCUUUAAAUUAAAGGUGGUGUAGAUCUAGAUGGGAGCAGUAGCUAGUCACAGAACAGGAGAAUAAGCAGUUAAUAUCACCAGAAAAAAAAGAGUACAAAAUCAAUAGUGCUGCCAGAGCCAAUCCUCGGUUGCAAGUGUCAGCUAAUUCAACAGCUCAGCAAUUAAACUUCAAAGGAUAAAAGCAUUCAUGACACUCUCCACUCUAUACCACACAAUCCAAUAUCCAUUGAUCAAUAUUGACAAGUUGAUAGCAUACUCCUUUGUUGUUGUAUUAUUUACAAUAGUAAAGUCACAUGUAAUAAAAUAUAUUGUGUGUGCACUGUUUUCUUGGGUUUCAGCAUUUUACUAUGUGCCCCAAAUCUCCAAGAGAGCUGCAAAGCACAGUAUACAUGUAAUAGAAUAUAAUUAUUGUGUGUGCACUGUUUUCUUGGGUUUCUCGUUUUCCAGUUGAAACGAUUUUCAGAUAUAUCAAUUGUCCAAUACAAACAGAACAGAGGCAGCAACAACAUACCAGCAACAGCUACCUAUAGCUGCAGUGGAACCCAUCUAUAACAGACACCUUUGGGGAACAAUGUUUUGGCCUUUAUACAUGCAGAGGUGGCUUUUGUUGAGGGUUUUUUUUUUACAACAAACUGUUCAUUUGGGACCUGCAUGGAUGCCUGGCCGUUUUAAAGCAAUUGGACUUUAUUCGGAGGUGGUUGUUUAAUUAACUGAGGUUCCACUGUAUAUAAUUAACUUCACAACUGAGCAUAUUAAACUGAGAAAGCUUGACUACCUACUAUACGUCACAAGAGAAAGAUGUCUUACACAGCUAGAGCAACAGAAAGCAUAAUUAUAUAUACCAUCUUAUAUAGGAAGAUGACUCAAGAGGAUCAGAGCUGCAAGAGUUAUAGACUGGAUAUCAACAAAAAUGGUUUCAUUUCACGUGAAGACUACGAAAUCAUGAGCAAAAAAAUUGACAAAAUACAGCAACGUAACUGAAGAGCAAGCUAAAAAGAAUCCAUGCAUGAUUUUAUUCUAGUCAUAGCUGACAACAUAAAACUCACUGGUGAUACAAAGUUUCCGAAUUUGCUAUGAUUAGUCAAGCUAUUCUUGAAGAGACAGAUGAUAAGUGAUAUCACCCACUCACCCCAUGCAGGCAUGCAUGUACUGUAUUUACAACACAUGCAUUAGUACAAUACUUAGAUAAAGUUAUAAGGCAACCAGUUAUAAUCUUGAAAGGAGUUGUGUGAGAAGGAGAGUCCUAUAAUGAGCAAUACCAAAGUUAACAGGUAUCCAUUAUACUGGCAUAAUAGGCUAAUAAUUAAAAGUACAAGCCAAUACAAAUCAUAGUAUAAAUAUUUGUAGGCCUGAUGGUCGUGCAUGUGAUGGAAGUGCUGAUGGUAUUACCUCCUUGGAAUUUUCCAUACAUGGAAUGCUAACUACAGUGGAAUGUAUAGUGCUUACAGUCAGCACCUGUGUUUACCAGGCUGCAUAAUUAUGUGUGACUCAAAGAACAAAGAGCAAGAGCUAUGGAGGCUACGGUUAAACUGGGCAUUCAUUAUCUUCAUGGCUCCCAUGUAUUCAAUCAGCCUGUAUGGUAUUACUUCAUCCUUUCAUCAGUUUGUAACCAACCCAACUGAAGUUGAGAUUCUGUCACAAAACAACACUAAACAGAAGAUUGAGCCAGGCCUCGGAGAAUCUGAAUUAUUUUACUCCUUGUUAAUUUCAGCUACCAAUGUUGGUGCUAUCAUUGGUGGGCUAGUGUGUGGAUUUCUUGUGAGGAUUGUUCCCUAUUGGUAUUUGUGGGCAGUGUCACUAGUGGCACACACAAUUAGCUAUGUUAUGUACUGUGUUGUACAUCAAGGUUGGCUGAUGAUGAUUUCCAGGCUUCUUGCUGGGUAUUUUGCAGGUGCUAUUUUUACACUCGGCUUCAGCUACUUCACUGACACCAGUGUUUUGUACGUUGAAGAACUAAACAGAAUGAGAAUGGGUGCCAAAACAGAAUCGGAGCGAGUUAGAAACUAUCUGUUUGCUACUUUCAGUUUUUCAGUCAACCUGGGAUUCAUUUUAGGACCAGGUUUUGCAGUAGUUGUGGCACAGUUUGAGUCAGUGGAUCAGUUCAGGGCGAUUGGAUGGUUCAACUUUGCCUACGGUGUAGUUGUUUUGUGUGUAUUGGUGAUAUUGUUUCGGGGAGAAAUGAGUUUCAAAACUGACAGAUUGAGUUAUUGUCAAGUUAAGAAAAAGAAUUCUAACUGUCGAAUGCAGAAUAUGAGUCUACUGUCACUUUUCAUAAUAAUUUCAGUUCUCUUCUUGUUUAUAAUGGAAAGGAUCCGAAUGGCCUUUAUUGGAACUAUAUUCAACCCCAUUGCCAGUGAUUCGUUUGGAAUUGAUGAGAGUGGUGCCUCGUACUUUGUCUUAGCUCUGUGUAUUCCUCAACUGGGAGGAUCAAUUUCAUUACUUGUUUUUCAAAGACUAAAGAUGUCAAGCCAGAUGAUUGUCCUGACAGGCAUCAUUACUACAAUUUGUGGAUAUUUAAUUGUGACUGAUUGGCAGACGAUUCCCUACGAUCCGUGCACAGAGUACAGUCCCUUUCAUCAUCCUGAAAUUGUCCAAUAUUAUGAAAAUAACACAAUCAUUGUAGGCAAGUUUCAAAAGAAUAUUGAAUCACAUGUUGAUUUCACUUUGCCCAAGCUAAAAAGAGUCAAGCUUUUGCCCAACAUUAACCUCAUAUUUGCUGAUGGUGCAUCUUUUGAGGCGGACUUAAGGAUUAAUCUCAGUUGUAGUCAUGUUUACAAUUGUACGUGUGCUCUAAAGAAUCCUACUUGUUUGUAUUUCAAAAUAAAUGAAAAUCUAAACACCGAGGAUCUAUAUUAUUACGACUGUAGUUCUGACUUCAACCUGAGAUCACCAAUCACAGCAUGUAUUACUCUAUCAAGACAUCAAACAGUACUGGCAGGUAAUAAAGCAACGACAUCUGUAGAUGAACAUGAAUCUGAAAUUGAAAGUAUCACUGUACUGCCAAAAAGAGUAUACUUCAUAGCCCGAAACACUUGCAUUGAGGCGAAUGUGACUGGUCACCAGUGUCACUGGAUACCCUCGUCCACAAUCACCAAGAAGGAGUGUAAAGACUGUCAGCCCAUCUGUAGGAGCGUGAGCCAGACACUCACUUUUGCUCAGUUUCUGGUUGGCAAUGGACUGUUGGUUUACACCAGUGCACUCCAGUAUUCUCCAAUCGUAUCAUUACUCAUGAACCAAACACCAAAACAAAUCCAGGGAAUUGUGAUUGGAUCCAUGACAGCUUUGGGCGGUGUAUCAUCAAGUGUGUUUCCUCUACUGAUCGAUGCUGUGUACGAAGAGAUGAAGAAAAGAGUGUUUUUGCUAACCAUACUUUUUGCUCUAGCACACAUUCCGUUUAUCCUUGAGAUUAUUGCACUCUACCCAAAACUGGGACCAAGAACUACGGACAACACAGACAUUGAAUACAGCAAAUUGAAUGAAUUAGAACAUGUCGAUUGAUAAUAAUUAUUAUGCUAUAAUUAUACUCUCUAGGAAAAUGCCACUCGCAUGGAUGAUGUAAUUGUGUUUGUGUAUAAAAACAUUGUGUGUUGGAAAUGUUGUUAUCCAGAAUUUGUUUGCUCAUUCCCUUUCUGAGUUAUAGAACUGAUCAUUUGGUCAUCUAUAUACUCUGAUUCACAAAUCAACUGCUUGUGUAUGUUAC